UACCUGUGCUGUCACUCGGCUCAGCGGUAUUCUACGCAAGAAAACAAAAUGGCGGCAAAUUUGGAGGAUAAAGACGACUUCGAGAGAAUGUAUGGUAUUCUUUUUAAGUUGUACACUGAGCUUGAAAAGGCUUAUAAACAGUGUAUACUGAAAAGACAAGUCACUGAGUGUUGUAUCAGGCAAUGCCGUAAACUUCUAUCACCCUGGUCAACUGGUAGUGGUGAUGGCACCUCAACAUCAAAACAAGGAAUGACUACAGAUAAUGAAUUAGUACCUGCUGUCCCAGUAUCACCUGAACAAGAAAAGCAGCAAGCUCCAAACCCUGAUAUACAAGCUUUGGAUGAGAUCCUUGCCAAGGCACAGCAAGCAAGAGAAAUCCAGAAAAAAAUCGAAGAGAGAAGUGCUGAGAAUCCUAAGGACAGAAAGCGCCUUACUGCAGAUCCAACUAAAUCAGAAAAAGAGCUUAGAUUCAAAGGGACUAGAAAACCCAUAGCAACUAGACCAUCAACAUCAGGGCUACAAAGUUGUGUUCAACCUGUUGCUAUGGCAGCCAAACUCUCAUCCACAGGGCGCCCAAGUAGUGCCAAGCAUGUUGCUAAGGCAACUAAGUCUUCUAUCACAGGGCACCCAAGUAGUGUCAAGCCUGUUGCCAUGGCAACUAAACCCUCAACCACAGGCAGCCCGGGUAGUGUCAAACCUGUUGUAAAACCUGUUGUAAAGCAACCAGUGUUGAUGAAAAAAGAUAGGACAAAGCAGACACCAAUGAGAACCACGUAUGGUGCAUCAUAUGGAAAAAAAGUGAAUUCUAAAGGAAACGCAGAGUCGGGAAGCGGACAGUGUAGCGCCAGGGAUUACCUCAACACAGUGAUUGACAGGGGAGGGGGAAAGGCGGCACCAGUUCAACAAAAGGAAACCAGGAAAUUACUUGUCCCCAAGCAAAUUCCUGUAGUUCAAGGACUGCCAAAAGACGUAUCACCAGCUUCUAUUUGUGACCAAAGUUCAAUGGCUCAGAGCUAUAGAGAUAACUCUGGUAGUGACCCAUGCAUGAUGAAUACGAGACCACUGGAUGAUCACGGGACGGGGGAGAUGAGUCCGAGACAAGAGAGGCGUUAUGUAUGCCAAGAAAUUUCUGAUUCAGCAAAAACUAGACAAUCUUACUCGAGAGAGGAACAACAGAAUGUGGAAAGUGAAAGGACAAAUAAAAUCAAAAAUGAUAGUUCAGAAAUUACUGAUAAAUUAAAAUAUGGGUUUAAUUCUAUGAUAGAAAAAAAUCAAGAAACAAGUAUAGCUGCCAAAGGGGAAAAACACUUUAGUCUCCUAGAGGACGGCCACUCUUUGACCAUACCCAAGAAAUAUCGAAAACUAAAAACAACGAAUAUAAAACUCUGUGAGCGAGCUGAACAAAUGAUCUUGGAAUCAUAUGACAGCUUAGAAAAUACCUCGGAAACAUUUACUUGUAAACUUGAAAAAACGUUCGCUGAACGUUCGCCCUAUGCCACGGAAAAAGAUCGGGUUUCCCACAUGGAUCUCAUGAGAGGUUCUAGUAAGUUGCUUAAGGAGCAUGAGCUACUGUGUUCAGUUCUGGAAUCCCUUAUUCACCAAAGUGAGUCGAUAUCAGAGGACUGCAAUUCGUGGGAAACUGUGUACAAGUGCUAUUCAAAAUGGCAGCAUAUGCUACGUCGAUUCCGUGAGAUGCAGAAAGAAGCCCAACAGUUGCUUGCUGAGGAAGAGUUUGUCCAGCGGAGUUGCCCAUGUGGAACAUGUGCAGAAUUUACAUUAACGUCUCCACGGAAGCCUACUUCUGCGGAAGCAAAAUAUGCUGAGAGGGGCGGGGUGAGGUGUGUUUUGUUACAUCGUUGGUUACCCACCGAGAUGUUGUCUCGGAAUCACGUGAACACCACGUGCUCAAGAAGACGGGAAGUGACAUAUUCAAACCACAAGGAGCUGAGAAGUUUAAACCAAUUACUCCAUGACGCGCAGCUGUUAUCUCUUGAGGUCCAUAUCCAGGAGCAUGCCGGGAAGGCUCUUAUAUCAUUGCUACGCAACCUAGACACAACACUCCCGCUGUACGUUCCGCUCUACCGUUUGUUCUAUGGUCUGUUGUGUCAUCAAAGCAAAGGGUUCCCGUCAAUGGUCUUGGACAUCUCCGGUGAAUGACCCAGGUAGCCGGGAUACCUGUGUUUACAUGAAUAACUAUUGACCAAUCAGCUAAGUAUAUUUCAAAAGACAAAAGGUAUAAUUAUGUAAGAUAUAUUUUAUCUGCUCUCAAAAGAGUUGUAUUAAAAGACUAAAGGUUAAGUUGUGUGUAAA